AUGCCACCUGGUGAUGGAGGCAAGAGCGAGCGUCCACAGGUCAAGGAACCCCCACGAGGCCGGCAACGCCACCGAAGCCAGAGGCCCGAGGCCCGGGACCCGCCUUCCAGCAAACGAAUUAAUACACAACUCCAGGACGCCGUGUCCACCCUGUGGCCGCGCGGCCUGGGCCAGCUGACCGCGGAGGGGGUCCGCCAGCAGCUGGAGCUGGGCCGCUUCCUGAGGAGUCGCUACGAGGCCUUUCUGAGCCCCGAGUACCGGCGGGAGGAGGUGUACGUCCGCAGCACCGACUUUGACCGGACACUGGAGAGCGCUCAGGCCAACCUGGCGGGGCUGUUCCCCGAGGCCGGCCCGGGGCGCCCUGAGGCCGCCUGGAGGCCCAUCCCUGUGCACACGGUGCCGGUCACUGAGGACAAGCUGCUGAGGUUCCCCACGCGCAGUUGUCCCCGAUACCACGAGCUGCUGCGGGAGGCCACGGAGGCCCCCGAGUACCAGACGGCGCUGGAGGGCUGGACGGACUUCCUGGCUCACCUGGAGAACUGCACGGGGCUGUCCCUGGUUGGGGAGCCGCUCCGCAGGGCGUGGAAGGUUCUGGACACACUCAUGUGCCAGCGAGCCCACGGUCUCCCCCUCCCGUCCUGGGCCUCCCCGGAUGUCCUGCAGACACUAGCCCAGAUCUCGGCUUUGGACAUUGGGGCCCACGUGGGCCCACCCCGGGCAGCAGAGAAGGCCCAGCUGACAGGGGGGAUCCUGCUGGACGCCAUCCUUGCUAACUUCUCUCGGGUCCAGCGCCUGGGGCUGCCCCUCAAGAUGGUGAUGUACUCGGCUGGGGCCCUGGGCCUCUACGACGGGCGCACCCCGCCCUACGCUGCCUGCCUGGGCUUCGAGUUCCGGAGGAGCCUGGGGGACCUCAAUGAGGACGACGACGAAGAUGCCGGGAACGUCACCGUCUCCCUCUUCUACCGCAACGACUCCACCGGCCGGCCCCUGAGCCUCAGCCUCCCCGGGUGCCCAGCCCCCUGCCCACUAGGCCGCUUCCGCCAGCUGACCGCCCCGGCCCGGCCUCCAGCUCACGGGGUCCCCUGCCAUGGCACCCAUGAGCCUGCCACUCCCACGGCCACCGUCGUGCCCCUGUUGGCUGGGGCUGUGGCCAUGCUGGCGGCGCUCUGCGUAGGGCUGGGCUUGCUGGCCUGGAGACCCGGCUGCCUGCGGGCCUGGGGAGACCCUGUGUGAGCCGCGAAACUGGGCACCCCUUCCCCACUGCUGACCCUGGACCCCAACAUGUGUGCUCACCCGCUGUACCAGCUUCCGUGACUUACUGUGCGCGCCUGUGCGUGGGGAGGGGAGUGGGGGAGAAACGGACACACAGGGCUCCCAGGCCUGCAAGUCGCAAGCGGUUGUGUGCACACACGUACAUGGCUUGUGCACACAUGCAGUUCAUGUGUAGGUAUUUGAACAUUUUGCAUGUGAUGGCACGUAUCUGCAUGUUUGACAGGCCCCUGUGCACACGUGCAAUCUGUAUUGGU